AUGGGUGAUGGAGUCAUCAUAGGAAUGAUCCUAAAAAUGCCAGAUAUAACUGCACCUGGUGUAAAUAUAUUAGCUGCUUCUCCAUGUAAUCCAUUUGAGGACCAUGGAUUUGCCUUGCAUUCAGGAACAUCAAUGUCAGCUCCUCAUGUUGCAGGCAUUGUAGCCCUUCUCAAAGCUCUUCACCGUGAUUGAUCCCCGGCAGCAAUAAAAUCAGCACUUGUCACCACAGCAUGGAGAACUGGUCAAAAAGGUUUUCUAAUCUUUGCUGAGGGCUCCCCUCGAAAGCUUGCUGAUCCAUUUGAUUUUGGAGGCGGCAUUGUGAAUCCGAAUGGUGCAGCAGACCCUGGUUUGAUAUAUGACAUGGAUAGAGCCAGUUACAUACAUUACCUAUGUGCUAUGGGAUACACCAGCUCUUCCAUCUCUAGGCUUAGACAACCCACGUUGUGCCCCAUAAAACGACCUUCCAUUCUUGAUGUAAACUUACCUUCCAUAACCAUACCAAGUCUCAGGAACUCCACCACACUGACCAGAAGUGUCACGAAUGUAGGACCCGUCGAUUUUGUAUAUAGAGCUGUGAUGGCUCCAGUGGGUGCUAUCCCAUCAGUAAGACCUGAUGUCUUGGCCUUCAAUUCUGGGACCAAGAAGAUGUCAUUCAAAGUUACAGUCUCAUUAACUCAUCAGAUGAACACAGGAUACUACUUCGGGAGCCUAACUUGGACCAGUGGAAUGCGUGUUGUGAGAAGUCCUGUUUCUGUGAGAGCAGAGAUCAUACAACGCUAAUGAAAUUAUGGGUCUAGGAUUAAUUUUCUAUCCUCGUGCUUCAUAGUUCGAGCUUGGUGGUGACUGGCGAGUAAUUGGUUGAGUUGCUGUUGCCUGAUUUUGUAUAUCCUCUUGUAAGCAUCACAAAAGAUUCACUUCAGUUAAACGCUCAUAAUCAUCUAAAUAAUUCCAUUCCAUGAAGGAAUGAACUGUUGAACAACUAAAAUCAUCCUAUCAAAUAGAAUCAAUAAAGUUGAUAAACAAAUUAAGAUUAAUUGCAUCUUGGAUCAUGAUUUUGCUUUGAUGCUAAUGUAACAUUGGAUGCAAAUGCUCAAUUACAUACAAUAUUAAGGAAACCUAUAGCCAUCAGUACAAGUUUGG